CUCAACUGGCUUUGGUGUGCGCUGUAAAUCCAUAGAUUCUCUUGUCGCAUUGUAUAGACAUCCAUCAAGGUACCAUCAUCGAAUGCGCCGAGUCUGUACCGUGACUGACUCUGAACGACAGACAUCUCCUUAUCUAAUCUUGAAUACACAAAAUGGCUCCGACCACGCUCGCCGACGCCUUCUCGCCCAUUUCCUCCGCGACCGCCGUCAUCGUACCCGGCUCGCCUGCGCUCGAGGUCUCCUACAAGAAGCUCACUACCGACGUAAAGGCGUUCCAGGCGCAGCUGGCAAAGGUCGGUGUGUCCGCGGAGGCGGCUGUGUCCAUUGCGCUGCCCAACACAUACGAAUUUAUUGUCUCCUUCAUUGCUGCGUCAUGGCAGAGAGCGAUUGCAGCUCCCUUGAACCCAGCGUACAAGCAGUCUGAGUUCGAGUUCUACAUUGAUGAUUUGAGCUCGGCGAUUGCUCUGGUCCCUCAGGGUGCAUUUGCGCAGGAUGCGGCUGCUGUAAGGGCGGCGAGGAAGUACAACGCAGCGAUUGCCGAGUGCUACUACAACGGAAAGGAGGUCGUCCUGGAUGUAAAGGAGCUUGGCAAGCUGGCUGGCAAGAGUUCACCAGUUCUGUCUGCUGAGCCAGAGGAUGUAGCUCUCGUACUACACACCAGUGGCACCACUGGACGCCCCAAGGCAGUGCCACUUACGCACCGCAACCUCCUGCGCACCAUGCAGAACAUCCAAGGAACUUACGAUCUCACACAUGAGGACCGUACCAUGCUCGUUAUGCCCCUCUUCCACGUGCAUGGCUUGCUUGCUGGUUUCCUUGCGCCGUUGGCUUCAGGUGGUUCAGUUGUUGUGCCACCAAAGUUCUCCGCAUCGGAGUUUUGGAAGGAUUUCUCGGCGCACAAGGCCAACUGGUACACAGCUGUGCCGACCAUUCAUCAGAUCUUGCUCAGAAGUCCUAUCCCAAGCCCAUUGCCUGCGAUUCGGUUUAUCCGAUCAUGCUCGUCUCCUCUCUCACCGAAGACGUUCCACGAGAUUGAGAAGGCAUUCAAAGCUCCCGUGUUGGAGGCUUACGCAAUGACCGAGGCGUCUCACCAGAUGACGAGCAAUCCUCUGCCCCCUGGCCAGCGCAAGCCAGGCAGUGUGGGACUUGGUCAAGGCGUCGAGAUUAAGAUCCUUGACGAGGCGGGUGAUGAGGUCCCCCAGGGCAAAGAGGCUGAGAUUUGCAUCCGUGGUGAGAAUGUCACCAAGGGCUACUUGAACAACCCUACAGCAAACGCCACAGCCUUUGCCAAGGGAGGCUUCUUCCGCACUGGCGAUCAAGGCAAACAGGACGAAGAUGGCUACGUGAUAAUCACAGGCCGCAUCAAGGAGCUGAUCAACAAGGGUGGUGAGAAGAUCAGCCCAAUUGAACUCGACAACGUGAUUGCGCAACAUCCGGCCGUGUCCGAAGCUGUCAGUUUCGCGCUAGAGGACGAGAUGUAUGGGCAAGAUGUCGGUCUCGCAGUCGUUGUCAAGGAGGGCCAGAAGCUGUCCGCCGGCGACCUGAAGACGUGGCUGGCCGACCGUGUCGCCAAGUUCAAGCUGCCAAAACAGGUCUUUUUCACCGAUAUCAUGCCUAAGACAGCGACUGGCAAGAUUCAGCGCCGCCUUGUCGCUGAAGCCAUGCUCAAGCAGCCUAAGGCCAAGAUUUGAGUGAGUAUCGCAUCGCGCUUGUAGAUAUCGCACCGGUACAAUUUGCAUCUUCCUUCUUCCAGACAAUCUGGCGUGUGUUCGAGCAGAUGUGGAUGUUGUUGUCGUACGAAUACUGAAUCAGCAACACUUACCCCGCUCUUCUCACUUUGUCCGAGGCUUGCACCUAUCCUUGUACACUCAUCAUCAACUGAGCGGAUCGCGGAAUUCCUCAGGGUCCAGCUUGGCGCUUGCGUGACUCGCGCAGCCCCAUCUUCAAUGCUAUUC